AUGGCGCUCACAAAGGCAGAGCAGGAGCAGCUCAAGCGGCUCAUCGCAGGAAGGACGCAGGAAUCAGAGGAGUCGCGGCCGAAGAGGCGAUUUGUGAGCUCACGGACGAAGACCAUGAUGCUCCGCAGCCCGAUCGAUGUCCGCGAUCUCAGCUUUCGGCUGCAGACAUUUCCCUUCUUCUCGAACUCGCACCGAGAUUUCCUGUCCCUGCUUUCCAUGGAGCUGGACAUUCGCAUCUUUCAUCCUGGUCAAACCAUCUUGCGAGAGAGCGAGUACGGCGAGAUGACGUAUAUCUUGGUGCACGGCGAGGUAGAGGUGGUCACGGAGUCCAUGCCCGAGGGCCAUCCGCCCAUCCGAAUGCGGGCCCCGUCCAUCUUUGGCGAGAGUCCCCUGCUUUUGGGGGCCCCUGCCAGGCGGACGGCCACGAUUAUCGCAAAGGCCAUUUGCGACGUGCGUAUGAUCCACCAGCGCAUCUUCAAUCAGUUGCUUAGCCACUUUCCUUCGGAGAGGGUCGUCUACCGAAAGAUGGCGAAGGAACGCUACGGGAAGAGGCGGCGUAAGAAGCGCGGAGUCUCGAUCUCGUCCACCGAGACCAAGGACACGCGGCCUUCCUCUGUAGCCACGGUUCUGGAGGAGCCCAAGGAGACGCUGCCAGAUCUCGAGACCAGAAAGCCGAAGCCCCGAAAGGGGCCAGCUGACGUCAGCGCUUCCCCACGGGGCGAAUCUGCCGAUCUAAGUGAUUUGGUUAUUCCAGGGCUCCGGCUGUGGCUGUCCGUCCUGUCUCUGGCUGUGCUCGCGUCGACCCUGGCCUUUGCCCUGCCAUCAGAGCCUCCACGAGAUGGGGCUACGGUUCGAAGGCCGAUGACGGUGAGCGGCACGAGGGACCUCGCGAACAAAAUCUACAAGAUGGAGGACUCCCAGGCUCUGGAUUUCCUGGAGCGGUGGUUCGAGGGCCAGGAGGACGUGGGUGGUCUGAGGAGGCUGCCUCCCAGGGUCCGGCAGAGCCUGCGGACGGCCAUGAACACGAUCAUCAAGGCGGCUGGGAACGAAGGCAAGUUGUCCCAGAGUUACACCUGGUAUCAGCGGAUGCGUGACGCGAAGAUCGACACGAACCCCCGGACCUUCGGAAAGCUAGUUGCUGCAGCCGCAAAAGCUGGACUCGUAGAGGAUGCUGAGCUCUGGCUGGAGUCGAUGUUAGAAGAGGGCUUCCAGCCGGAUCUGGUGGCCAUCUCUUCGGUCAUAACAGCAUGCUGCGAGGCCAAAGAGCCUUCGCGCGCCGAGCGGUGGUUCGAGCAGCUAGUGCAGCAGGGGCUAACACCGGACCUGAUUGCCUACAACAGCAUGAUCGACGUACAUGCCGAAGUGGGAGAUGGUGAGAAAGCAGCUGAAUGGCUCCAGAAGGCAAUGGAUGCAGGAAUUGAUGUCAGCACGGCCUGCUACAAUGCUGUGAUCAAGGGGUACUGCCGCCAGGGCGACCUGGAGGGUGCCAAUGAGUGGCUGCAAAAAUCCAAGGCAGCCGGCCGUGGUCUCGACAUCAUGUCGUACAACACGGUCCUGAACUACUUCGCCGAGGAGGGAGACCUGAAGAAAGCACAGGACUGGUUCGGCAAGCUGAAGGCCUCUGGCCUGCAGUUGGACCAGGUGUCCUUCAACACCAUGAUCAAAGCUGCUGUUUCGGCCGACAAGCUGCCACAGACAGAGGAGUACAUCCAGGAGAUGCUCGCGAAUAGCAUGCAGCCAACAACUGCGACAUACGUGAGUCUGGUCUCCGCCUAUGCCGACCAGGGCGAUCUGGAAACGGCACAGCUGUGGUACGACAAGGCUGAAAGGGCAGGGAAGACGAACAAGAACAUUGAUACGGCGCUUGCAAAGGCGCAAGUGAAAGUGCGGCCCUUCAUUCAGAUCGUUUCGGCUUAUCAGUGGCCCAUCUCGCACCUUUCUGCCUCGAUCCCUCGGACUCUAGCAAUGGCUUCCGUGAAGAGCAUGAUCGCCGCCGGCCUCCUUGCUGCGCCUUGCGCAGACGCUUUUGUGGCACCGGGAGGGUCCCAGUCCUCCCAGGCCGUCUCUGGCCUUCGAGGCUCCACGGCUGUGAAGGCUGAGUCUGGCUUCAGCACCUCGGCGUUGGCCGUCGCCACGACCGGCGCUGCGGUGCUGAGCUUCGUGGGAUUGGCGAUGAUGGGCGCACUCGGCAUGCUAACGCAGAGCCUGGUGCAGCUGCCCGGAAUGGAGGGCGUGCCGAAGGACAUUUCGGCCUUCAGCACAGGUGCCGGCCAAACCGGCUUCCUCAUUACCAUCGCCAUCAUUGCGGUAUUGGAGGCGGCUGUCUUCGUUCAGGACGACAGCAAGGAGCCAGGCAGCACCCGGCUGAAUGCGCUUUCGGACGUGAAGUGCAUCGGGAUUGACUUGGCUGGCCAGUUGGCAUCAUUUUCGCCGUUACAGGCGUUGCAGUCGAAUGGCCUGCACAUGGAGAUUGUUUCGGCUUAUCAGUGGCCCAUCUCGCACCUUUCUGCCUCGAUCCCUCGGACUCUAGCAAUGGCUUCCGUGAAGAGCAUGAUCGCCGCCGGCCUCCUUGCUGCGCCUUGCGCAGACGCUUUUGUGGCACCGGGAGGGUCCCAGUCCUCCCAGGCCGUCUCUGGCCUUCGAGGCUCCACGGCUGUGAAGGCUGAGUCUGGCUUCAGCACCUCGGCGUUGGCCGUCGCCACGACCGGCGCUGCGGUGCUGAGCUUCGUGGGAUUGGCGAUGAUGGGCGCACUCGGCAUGCUAACGCAGAGCCUGGUGCAGCUGCCCGGAAUGGAGGGCGUGCCGAAGGACAUUUCGGCCUUCAGCACAGGUGCCGGCCAAACCGGCUUCCUCAUUACCAUCGCCAUCAUUGCGGUAUUGGAGGCGGCUGUCUUCGUUCAGGACGACAGCAAGGAGCCAGGCAACUUUGGCAAUCCCGUGCCUCUGGUUGGGGAUGAUUAUUCGGAUGAGAUGCGCAACCGCGAGAUCAACAACGGCAGGAUCGUGAAAGGGGUAUCAAUGUACGGAGUCGAGCAUGGUCCUUGGAUGUUGUCUGGUCUUCCUGUGACUUUCAAUAGCAGGUCGCGGGGGUCUUUAGUCUUCUCGUUCUGA